AUGGGGACAAGCUUCUUUCCUGGUAAUCACUGGCUUUUCUUUACCGUGUACCUGAUGGUGUUCCUCGUGGGACUCCCCCUCAACGUGAUGGCCCUGGUGGUCUUCGUGGGCAAGCUGCGCCGGCGCCCGGUGGCCGUGGACUUACUUUUGCUAAACCUGACCAUUUCGGACCUGCUCCUGCUCCUCUUCCUGCCGUUUCGCAUGGUGGAGGCAGCGUGUGGCAUGAGAUGGCUUCUGCCCUUCAUUCUCUGUCCCCUCUCCGGGUUCCUUUUCUUCACCACCAUUUACCUCACCUCCCUCUUCCUGACGGCCGUGAGCAUCGAACGUUUUCUAAGCGUCGCCUACCCACUUUGGUACAAAACCCGGCCCCGACUGGGCCAGGCCGGUCUGGUCAGCGGCGUCUGUUGGUUCCUGGCAUCAGCUAACUGUAGUGUGGUUUAUGUCACUGAAUACUGGGGGAACGCAACCUACAGCCAGGGGACCAAUGGAACCUGCUACCUGGAAUUCCGCGAGGACCAGCUGGCCGUCCUCCUGCCUGUGCGACUAGAGAUGGCUGUGGUCCUUUUCAUGGUGCCGUUGUGCAUCACAAGUUACUGCUACAGUCGCCUGGUGUGGAUCCUGAGCCGGGGGGCCAGCCGGCGCCGGCGCAAGAGGGUGAUGGGGCUUCUUGCAGCCACUCUGCUGAUUUUCUUCGUCUGCUUCGGCCCCUACAAUAUGUCCCACGUGGUGGGCUACGUCCGCAAUGAGAGUCCGUCCUGGCGGAGCUACGUUCUCCUCCUCAGCACCCUCAACUCCUGUAUCGACCCUCUGGUUUUCUACUUUUCGUCCUCCAAGUUCCAAGCCGACUUUCAUCAGCUCCUGGGGAGGCUGAUCAGAGUUUGUGUGCCUUGGACUCAGGAAGUCAGCCUGGAACUGAAGGUAAAGAACGGAGAGGAGCCAUCUAAGGAGUGUCCGAGCUAG